AUGAACGGCCAAACCGACGCUCCCGCCGUCCCUGCCGCCGAUCCAGCGCUCCCGCCGGCCCAAGAAAAAGGCCGGCAAGGGCCCGCAAGGGGUAACAAAGAACUGGGGACAAGGGGCAAGGGACCUCGGUACACGCAGCACUCCGCCGGAAACGGCGUGAGGAAAAGGCUGCCGCCGCCGCCGCCGUCUCUGCUGCCGUCCCGACCGGAAACAAUCAAAUAA